AGAAAUCUUGUUACUCGCACCCUUUUCUCUCUUUCUCUUUCUCUCCUUUCUUGACUGUAUAUGUUUUCAGAGUUUCUGCCAUCCUUCUUUCCUGCCGACAAACUUCUGUUCCCACCUUCCGGCGUUCAGAGAGAGUAGUUACAGGCACACCUUUCCGUACUUUGCCUCAGUCUCGCAUCAACAGGUCCCUUCCAACGCUUCCCGUUCUUCUUCGCAUUGCGCGUCUCUUGCAACUACCUUGCUGAUCGCCAACGAUGAAAGCCACAAUAGCCUCUACACUCGUCUUACUGCGAGCUGCGCUCACACUAGCACGAUGCGAUAACGGGCCCUGCGACGACCCAGCCGUUCUGGGCCUGGCUACCUCGGACUGCCAGAAGCACCACAUCUUCACCGCCCGUGGCUCUACCGCCCCACGACCCGGACAUGCUGGGGAGCUCAUCCGACAAGUCUGCGAAGGAUUGGACGACUGCGGUUAUGAAGAGAUCGACUACCCAGCCAGCGGUGGUGCACAGGGGCCUGGUGCAUGGUGCAAAUCUGCCCAUGAGGGUGCUCUCAAUGGACAGAAACAAAUGACCGAAUAUGCGGAGAGGUGUCCGGAUGCUAAGCUGAUUGUCAUCGGCUUCUCACAGGGUGGUUCUGUGGUGUUGGACAUGAUUGCCGGGGGUGGAGAUGCCCAGGUUUUUGGUUGUCACCAGGAACAGAAUGGUCCAUUGGACAAAACAAAGUCCCCUGCUAACAAAGUGGCUGUCAUCGCUUCAUUCGGUCCUACGGUGCGCUCGGCGGGCAACAAUUACACCCUCAAAGGAGGAGAAAACUAUGACGGACAAAGCAAACGAAUCGACUCAUCAAACAAGAUACUCGACACCUACGCCGUCGAGGGCCGCCUACGCGCGUGGUGCAAUUUCGGAGACCCCAUCUGCGCUAAAGGAAGCCAACCCUCCGAUGUAAAAAAUCACUUGAACUACUUCAUCAACUACACUGAGGAGGGCGCUCAAUGGAUCAUAGAGACGGUCAAGAAUGGAGGGCCCGGUUUGGGAAAUCCCAACGUGAAUCCCGUGUCCUCCACCUCGUUGCAUUCUCCGGCUUCUUCAGCUUCUCAACUACCCUCCUCCCCAGCCACAGUCUCUACCUCUACCAAUCCGGUAGUAUCGGCCACUUCACCUCCUAAAGCCGCUGGAACCCCAUCCCCUACGCCCACACCCAACUCGCCUUCGUUUGGCAUCCCCACGAUUUCAGUGGCCCGGAACACUUGGUUCCUCUGUGGCGCUGUAAUCAUGGGGUCGCUUUUUUUUUUGUCCUGA